UCAUUCAUUAUCAACGCUGAUGCAAAUUUAUUUCUACACAGAUAUUUCUCUAGAUAGUAGAUACUAGAUAUUAUUAUAGAUAUUAUUCGUGGGUAUUUCGUACAGCUGAAGCAGUGUCAUAGUGUACGUCAUACAAGAAUAAUCAUAGAUAAUAACAGAGUAUCAUAUAUCUACGAGAAUAUAACAAUAAUAAUUGCCGUCAUUGUGUAGACUGUAGAUUGUACUCUGUGCGUUACUAUUAUAUUGUGCGCUCUCAAAGACCUAUAGAUACAAAAUUGUACUGGGUACUCUAGUAUUACUCUAUGUAUGUACUAGGUAUUAAACUAUAAGCCUUUGUAGCUUAACUCUGUAUACUUUGUACUUAUACUAAUAGUGUAUUUUUCAGCAGCUCUGUUGUUGAUCUUUUAAUUCUAUACGUUAUAUUGAGUGCUUUUAUUCUUUUUAAAUAUAAUUUAUUUUCAAGUCGGUUGUUAAUUAUGCAGAGCAUUAAUACAAAAAGCAUAAUAUUUUAUAAUGGGUCAACUAAGAGAUCGUCAUGCGGUUACUGCAAGAAAGAAAAUUCCAGCUUUAGCAAUGGAAUGUGGGCUUCAAGUCUUUCAGUAGUAGCAUAUCAAGAUAUGAUUGAUCGUGGGUGGCGACGUGCUGGCAAGUAUUGUUACAAAGCACUCAUGGAAAAGACCUGUUGUCCACUUUACACUAUCAGAUGUGAAGCUUUAAAUGUUGAGUUAUCAAAGUCACAGAAAAAAAUCAUUAAAAGAGUAACUACAUUUUUAAAAAAUGGGGAAUGUGAGAAAAAUCCAGUUAAUACUGAACAAGCUGAAAGAGAACCCAUCAUGAAAUAUAAAUUAGAAGAUAUACAAAAUCAUGAUGAUAAAAUGAAAAUUACUAACACUGAUUAUUUAUUCGAUGAAGAACAAAGUGCUUCUGUUAUUGGUUCUCAUAAUAGUACUUUAAUUACAACAAAUAAAGAAGAUAACAAAAUGGUUGAACCUCUUAAUUUAAGUUGCAACUCUGAUACUAAGAAAGAACCUAAAAAAUUUAAGCCUGGCGAAGGAGCUGAUCCAAAUUUGCCGAGUUCAAAAAAAAAAAAAUUGUUACGCAUUCAAAAGAAACUAGCCAAGGAUCCAAAUUUUGUAACUACAAUUUCAGCACCUUAUCAAAAAUGUUUAGAAGAAUUUAUUGCAGAGAAUGAUUCAGUAUCUACUGGUGGACUUCAAAAAUUAAGAAUAAAAUUACUAAUGAUCAAAUCUUCAAGUAAUUCUUUUGAAGAUGAGUAUGCAGUAUACCAAAAAUACCAAACUGUUAUACACGGUGAUGAAAUUGAACGCUGUUCAAGACAACAAUUUAUUCAAUUUCUUAUCAAUUCACCUCUUAAAGAAGAAAAAUCAAAGCAUCCUGAUCAUCCAGGAUAUGGUUCAUUUCAUCAACAAUACUGGCUUGGUGAUAAACUAAUAGCUGUUGGAGUAAUAGAUAUUUUACCAAAAUGUGUAUCAUCUGUAUAUUUAUUUUACGACCCAGAUUAUCAUAAUUUAGUGUUAGGAACUUACAGUUCUUUGAGGGAAAUAUGUUUAGUAAGACAAUUGUACAAGAUGUCACCCGAUUUGAAGUAUUACUAUAUGGGCUUUUAUAUACAUUCAUGUUCAAAAAUGCGCUAUAAGGCAAAAUUUCGACCAUCUUAUCUAUUAUGCCCACUUAAAUAUACAUGGCAUGCAAUUGACAAAUGUAUUCAGAAACUUGAUAAUGAAAAGUAUUCAAUAUUUGAUGUGUCUGGUGAUAUUCAAGAUGCUGAUAUUUUCACAAUAGAUAAUAUUCCAGUACUGUAUCGUGGUUCAUUGAUGCAUUAUUCAGCGUUCAAAAUAAUUGGUAAUAACGAAAAUGAAGAUGAACGGAUUAAAGAAUAUAAAAUAUUAAUUGGACCUAAACUAGCACGGAAAUUAAUUUACUGUAUUAUGGAUUAAUUAUUAAUUUGUUUAUAACACAUCGAUCUGAAAUUUUUAACAAAUUAUGAGUUGUAUCAGAAAGUAUAAUAUAUUUAGUUGUUGAUGUCUUUA